CAUUCAGUGAGUAGGCUGGUUUCGUGUGGGCUGUGGAGAUGCAUUUAUAAUGCCCUCUGUUUUUUUGUAGUCUUGCCAAUCCCAUGUAAAAACUCUUGCCCCGGCCAUAUCGCCUGGGGUAUAAAAGUCUAGUUAUUGUUAUUUGUCAGUCAAAUCGUGACACGUGGAUUUGACAGUGCGCAGCUGUCACCAUUUCAUUCCAAUAGUUCUCCCGCUCAUUUGUAACGACAGGGGCUGAAAUUCCAAUCGAUCACGGGCUUAUUUUAUCACCAAAGCCACCCCCACCCACUUCGACAGAAAGGGGAGACCGGGGAGGUUUUCUUCUUCUGAGCCAAAUACCGAAGUGGGCAGCACGUGCUGUUCAUAAUACACUCAAGCAACAUCUCCCUCAGGCGGUUUUUUUUAUUUUAUUUUGUUUUUCUUUUCAGUAGCACAAACGUAUUCCGAUUAAUUUUGAUAGCCUACCCGCCGGUUGAUUCGUGCAUUAGUUCACAACAAGAGGAUUCCCCCUCUCAGACUCGUGCACCAGGACGUCCGGUGGCUGGCGGUGUGGUCGGUUGGUGUGCAGGCAGGCAGGAUAGGAUAGGCUCCGGGCUGACCGUGUGUGUAGUACAGUAGACUAGAAACUGCUGCAGGAGAGAUUACUAUUUUGGUACAAAGUCACAAUGAGUGCACGCGGUGAAGAAGCCGGGGAGAGUUCAGGGACCGGGACCCAGGAACCGGAGCCUGCGGCGGCUGCAGAGGCGCCGGCCAAGCGCAGACCGGGCAGACCGAGGAAGCCGGUUAAGGAACCUACUGGAGAGCCCGCCCCUAAACGACCAAGGGGUCGUCCCAGAGGCAGCAAGAACAAAUGCCCCUCCAAAGCAGCCGCCAGGAAAGCCCUGGCCUCUGGAGAGAAGAGACCUAGAGGCAGACCCAGGAAAUGGCCAAAGCAGGUGGUCCAAAAGCCAGCUCAGGAAGGAGGAGAAGAAGAAGAGGAGGAAGAGGAGGAGUCUGGAGAGGAGGAUUAAAGAACAACAUCAUUUGACCUCUACUUCCUUGUAGCAGUUCUUCCUCCUGGGGAACCACUGCCUUCACCACUUACUAAGGACGUUGAUCCAUGACCUCUGACCUCUGUCCACUCUCACAUCAUACUGUUUUCAUUUGACACUUUUGUUUGUUGUUUAUUUCGUUUUGUUUGUUUGUUUGUUUUUGAUUCUGAGAUGAACACACAUUAAUCCUCAGAGCCGCAAAAAGAAAACACUAAAUAUGACACCCAAGAGGCGCUGCACCUCUUUACAACAACAGUCGUGUUUUAUCUGCUGUAACGACAGAGGUUCUGGGGUUGUAACGCUGCAGUUUCUACUCCCGUCGUUGUCGACUGAUUCUCCAGGCUGUCUGUCUUUGAGGGAGAGAUAGAAACUGAUAAAAAGUCUGUUAUUGUCAUUCAGAAAUUGCGACCAUAUGGCUGCUGUUUCAGUACAGCAGAGGUCUAGAAAACGCAGACCACCCCCCUCGAGUGUCGGACCACCAAACACAGACCACCCCCCUCGAGUCCCGUGUCGGACCACCA